AUUCUGACACUUUCCGACUUGUCAGCGGUCUAUGGAGAGCAGAGCCAAAAGGUACAGGAGCACAGUGCGUCGAGCGGAGAGAUGGAGGGAGAGCUGGCCGGCUGUGAGCGCGUAUAACCCGGGGAGGGAGAACACCAGCUGAAGAGGGACAAACCAUGUCUGAUCCUGAAUAGAAAAAACAAUCCUCCCAGCAAAACCAGGAUCCGGCUCAGAGACACCAACCAGCGUCAUGAAACCAGUCCUGCAUUGAGCCUCUCCUCGGUGGGUUGGCAUGGCCCAGUGAUGAACGGAGCGGUGGUGCCCGGUAGCCCGGAGCUCUCCUCCUCGUGCCCACUGCCUGACUGGCGAGAGUUCUGUGAGCUCCAUGCUCGAGCCUCCGCUGCAGACUUCGCUGACAAGUUCCAGCGCUUCCUGUCGGAGAACCCGUGCUACGACUCGCCAGGCGCCGAUGUGAGCUUCUCACAGCACUUUGCCCAUCACUUUCUAGAGUGCUUCUCUGCAGCACUGACCCAGGCCCGGGAGAACCAGGCAUCCUCGCCGGGGGAAGACGGCUCCAACACAGCGCCAAAGUACAGCAUCGUUCCUUUCCUGGGAAUCCAGGGUUGCCCACUGUCCUACGGUCACGACCUUUACCAGAGACGCAAGGACGCCGGGGCUUCAAGUGAAUCCCUCGACAGCAUGGACAGCGGAGGAGGAGGGAUGGAUGGGGGAGGAAGUGGCACCACAGCCUCCCGAGGCCCCCAGACGGCCCACAAGGUGUCUGCUCUGGGACAGUCCCGCAGCUCAGAGGACGUAUCGGUCAGUCACCCAAAGGCUCGCUUCAAGAAGGGCUUCUCCCUGAGGAACAUGAGUCUGUGCGUGGUGGACGGAGUGAAGGAAAUGUGGCACAGACGGGCCUCCCCUGAACCUGACGGCCCCUCUGGAGCCAGGAAGGCUAACGGGGGAGGGUUAGGAGGGGGAGGAGGAGGAGGUGGGGAGGCUGCAGGGGGAGAGAAGUGGUCCCAAAAGCUGCGGCUUCCCAGGGGUUCCCAGGGCCACAAGGCUGAGAUGCUGGAAAUCCAGAGGGAGGGAGCACUGAGGUACAUGGUGGCUGAUGACACAAACUGUAUGGGCGCUGCGCAGUGGCAGAAGUGCCGCCUGCUGCUGAGGAAGACGAAGAGGGAGGAUGGAGGCGAGAGGUUUCUUCUGGAGUUCUACGUACCUCCCAAGUCCUCAAAGCCCAAAGUGAGCAUCCCUCUGUCAGCCAUCGUGGAGGUGAGGACCACCAUGCCGCUGGAGAUGCCUGACAAAGACAACACUUUUGUUCUUAAGGUGGAAAACGGGGGAGAGUACAUCCUGGAAACCAUCGACUCCCUGCAGAAAAACUCCUGGGUUGCUGACAUCCAGGACUGCAUAGACCCCGGGGACAGCGGCGAUGACAUUGAGCUGGCGUCGUGUCCUCAUGGUCAGGCCUCCAAAGACUGCUCCAUGGUGGCCUCAUGCAGCUGUGAGCUGCUGUCUGAGGGUGUGUAUCGUGCUCCGGAGAGGUCGUGUCCUACAGCAGCAGAGCAUUACAGCGCCCCCUCAGUCCGUUGCAGGGAACCCCCCUUCACCCAGCACCCAUCCCACAUGCCUUUAGAGCGCUUCCUUCAGUCCCCAGAGGCCCAGGGCUCAAACUCUUCUGCAGGUGGCAGUGAAGGAGCAAAAGAGUCAGAUGGCGAUGCCAGCCUUGCAGGUUACCCAUGGUUCCAUGGUACACUGUCCCGCGUGCGUGCAGCUCAGUUGGUGCUGGCAGGAGGGGUCAGGAGCCACGGGCUCUUUGUGAUUCGUCAGAGUGAGACUCGGCCGGGAGAGUACGUCCUCACCUUCAACUUUCAGGGCAAAGCCAAGCAUUUGCGUUUGUCAGUGAACGAGAACGGGCAGUGCCACGUCCACCACUUGUGGUUUCACACCGUGUCGGACAUGUUGAGACAUUUCCACGCCCACCCUAUCCCCCUCGAGUCUGGAGGCUCGGCUGACAUCACAUUACGCUCCUAUGUGCAAGUACAGCGAAGCUCCACCACAGACGUGACCGUGCCUCCCGUCCUCACCCCGCCCAGGGAUGCGGGCUGCCGGACAGAUUCAGCCCAGCCAGCUCUCCACCCUCCCGGGAUCACAGCGCCUGCAGGGCCCCCUCCUGAUGCCCCGCUCUCCUCAAGCACCUCCUCCUCACCCACCGCCCUUCCCUCUCUCUCCCGCAGUGACCCAGGUACUGGAGGAGGAGUAGGAGGAGGGUUACAGAGCCGCAGCAACAGCUCUGAACGCCUGCUGGAGGCCUCUAGUGGUACAUCUGAGGACUACCACGACGCUGACGGGACUCGCAGGGCCCGAGCAGUGGAGAACCAGUACUCUUUCUACUAAAUGGCCCAGGGCAGGGUUCAGGCUCGUAUUUUCUGGACUGGAUGAGGAGCAGAAAGUUGGAGGUGACAUGGGACGCUUUGCUGAUGAUGAAAACGGUCCAAAUCACUGGAUCACCCAUUGUUUGUUUUUUUUAUUUCAAGGCAAUUUCCUGUUUCUCUGAUUUUAGAAGAGGGGGGGGAUCAUGCCAAGCAGUGUCCGCGAUGAUAAAUCCCUCUGUGGCUUAGUUUCAAACUCAGUUGUCAAGAAUGUUAUUGAACAGAGAAAGCAGAAGGCCACAGAGAUGGAGCCGGAGACAAGACCUAGAUGUACAAAAAGUAGCGAUGAAAAUGAGUGUAGGAAAAGAAAGCAAGAGGAAGUCAUCCAGUUGAGUCAUAUGGCUUUGAUUCACCACCUCUGACCACUUCCUGUUCACCCUUUACCCACAGUUCCCUAGGAGCAGAGCUUGUGUCACCACCCUGCUGAAGGGUUGAGAGUUAGAAAUGACCCUGAAGAAACAGUCCCUCCCCUCAGAGCUCCCGAGAGCAUCCCGUUAAUGUUUGUAAAGCUGCUUUGAGUCUGUCCCGGAUAUCCUCACUGUCCCCGCAGGGUUUCCCUACAAAGUCCUGCUCUGGGUCUCUGCUCUACACUAACAUCAGUACAGCAAUCAUGGGUGUGUUGGUGUUAGCUCGAAGAUGUUUUCUUAAAACGUGUACAGCCUAAAGGGUCUUAGUGCCUGACAAUUUCCUUGGACUUGAACAGACUUUUGCCCAUAGUAACGAGGAGGAUGGUGUUGACAUCUCGCAUUAUCACAAAAAGCCCAAAAAUGAAAAGCAGGUGAUUACUUUACUUUCAGUUUCUGCUCAAAACACACUGAACGUGCAUAUCUAUGCAUACUGAAAUGGUUUUCUUCUCACUGUUUUACUGAUGGCUACAGCGUACACACAGGUGGUCACAUGUCGUGUUACAGAUCUAUGAACAACACAAGUUCAGCCUGUACGAAUAUGGCAGCGUGGCUCCCAUUUUGCUGUCAUACUGGGUUAUUUCUAUGAGUGUGUGGUGGUGUAUUAGAGUCCAAAUAUUUUUCAAUGAUCGAUGUGCUACAGUUGUGUUUCUAAAACAUGGUUUUCAAGGUCCCUCCAUCUGGUGCUGGUUCUGUAUUCAAGCUUAUCAUAUCAAUAACCUGUAGAUUAGAUAUGCUGUUAAUAUAGGAGUUCACUUUGAAGUAAUGCCUUUAAGAUAUUAUUAUACCAAAUCCAGCAUUUAUCGGAGGGACUGAGGACUUGUUUUUUAGAGCAGGGACAGUAUUAUGUACUGUUUGUGCGGCCUGUUGUGGACUGGAACGGUACGGGCAGUUAGGUUAAGGGUACUUGAUGGCCAUGCUUGAACAGAAAGACGUGACGUUGCUGCUUUACUUUAUGCUGAGUACUGAACUUAAGCUUAAGUUAAUAAUUCAAAAGAAAGCCUAAAUUUUUCACCACAAAGAAUUGGCCCAAGAUAUACAUAUAAUAUAAAAUACCAGUUAAAAUGGCCUCUUAAAGGAGAAGUUUGGUAUUUUAAGACAUUCGCAUUCCUUGCAAAGAGUUGGCAUAAAUGAGAAAACAAUCUCAUGUCAAAAAUAUGGAGCUAUACUACUAACAGCCGGUUAGCUUAGCUUAGCUUAAAGACUGGAAACAGGGGUAAACAUCGGCCCCUGAAGGUCCCCCAGAAACACUCAGGGAAACGGCUCUGCGCUGCUCAUUAAUGGAGGUGGUGUGGUUAACCAGUCAUACACAUGCCAAACCAACCAGCUAAGUUAGUCUCCACCCUUGGAAGUCUCCCACUCCACCUACCAGCACCUCUGGGCCUCACUAAUCAAUGGGUAUUGUGCUAUCUGUUGGUGUGGUUGACACAUAUCAUGCACAUAAGUGAGCUUUAGAGAUGCUAGUAGGUGGAUUUUAUUCCUUUUGGUCAGAGCCAGGCGAGCUGUUUCCUUGACUUCCUGUCUUUGUGCUAAGCUACAUUAGCCGGGUGCUUUUUAAAGCAUGUUUAGACACACACCUGAAAACACCUUUCAGCUCCUGUAUUAAAAACAUAUGCAACACUUUUGUUCAGUUGGACUAAACAUAUCAGUCUGUCUUUUCAAGCACAGUCAUUUAGCUUCGAAGGUGAAGUGUCACCUUCAGUCGAGGAGCGGACGGAGCAGUUAAUGUGCCAAUUUGAAUCCUAUUUUUGAAACAUAUUUAUUCCUCAGCCGUUGUAAAUUACAUUUUUCCUAUUGAGUCUUAUUUAUGUACAAUUGAUUGAUUCUUCUUGAUGAAACAUCCUCAGUGGAAACUGUCCGUUGCAAGAGCCCAUCUCACAUAUCACAGAUUGCUCAUGUCUCCCUUUUAUUUUCUUAACACUUCUUAAAGCUAAAUUUUCUGUUGUCUGACUGAGUUUUGAAGAGUCUGUGCAAUUUUGUACAAAGUGAUGUACUUGACAUACUUCUUUAUAUUUCUGUGAAUAAAAUGUGAACAAACAAACUA